CUUGUAUCACCUCCCGCACACCACUCGAGUGACAUUGACACCUCGGGAUCCACUUCCACCACCCAACCCACAUCGACACCCUAAGACGGAUCCUUUCUCACCUCUGCUGUAUUCCUGCGCCGCCUGCCGCCUCUCCUUCUCCAAACUGGUCCCUGGAAAUCCUCCUGCUCUGCCCUUCCCCUUCCGGCCGGGCCUCUCUCUCAUCAGCUACUUUUUCCCUCUCUCUCCCACUCCCAACCUUCCUCCCAUUCUUCCGACUGCGAGCGACUCUGCUCUGCUUCUCCCCUUACUGCCCGCCUGACGUGCCCACUGACGCCUUUUCCCUAUCACUCAUGUUGGCCCUAUCAAACUGAUAGCCGGCCGUCUCCUUUCCGUCAUUUUCAUUCUGCGCCCGAGGCCGCUGUACUAUACCAGAGAUACCCAGCCUGUCCGUUUUUGCUUGUCUGCGCCGCUCUGUCUUGCCAUGACCUGCCAGUCAAUACAAGGCCAGCAGUCCUCGCGUUGCAUACCCUAAAUUCGCAUCACCUCGCCUGCGCUGACACGCGAGUACUGCUCGCCGUCUCGCCGUGGGCAUCGCACGUACCCCUCCCUGCACACCCCUGUACCCUAUACCCUCGUGCACGGCAUUCCUCCACCUCAACACCACCCUCGCCCGAAUUCGACAGCGCCGUUCAUAUUCGUUAUGGCAGACGACCGGUCAAGGGCCAAGCGGAGCUCUCUACCCCGGAUCGACACCACAGCCUUGCCUGUCAGACCGCACGAACAGCAAGUCGUCGCCGCCGCCACCGCCGACGACAACAGUCAGCAGCAGCAGCAGCAGCAGUCGCGGCCCCGCACCCUGGAGGACCGCAUCCUAAACUCCGUUGCCAGCUCCCUUUCAUUAUCUCCGGACAAGCUGCGCGAGUCCUUCAUGCCUGGUCGCAAUGGGGAUGAAGAGUCAGCUGCGACAAAUGGGGGCACGCCCUUCGUCAAAGCUUUCGCGGAGGAAAACGUGACCAUCCAGACCAAAGUGAUAGCUGGCUCCAAGACACUUGCUGAUGUGGAAACCCGCGUGAUACCGUACUCUGCACAUUCCCUGAAGGGCUCACUUGUUCAGGCCGACGACGACAACGACCAGGACCAGGACUCUUCCUCAGAAGAAGAAGAAGACGACAGCCCAGGUGCUGCGGUUGACGUCCGCUCAGCAUCGGUCAUGAUCGCCCCGGAGCGGAUACACCGAGCCAGCCGCAUGGAUUCGACCCGACUACGACCCAAGAGGCAAGAGCCUCAAGGACACUCGCGGAACCAGAGCGGCGCAUCUGCGACGCCCUUAACCACCCUUGACAAGCCAAGCGAGGUCGAGCUUUUCCUGGGCUCAGAAAGUGCCGUAUCAAAAGUAGUCGUCCUGAAGCCACGCGCUGGGCUCUUUGAUGAGAAGCUUGUCGCCUGUCUGACACUUAGCAGUAUCCCACCCCGGGAACCGGACUCCCCCAAGAUCGAGCUUGUGUCACCCUCGCAGAUGUUCUUUGCCGGAUCCCAGAUAGCCACUAUCAAACACAAUCUUAUAUCACAGCCAACCGUCGAACCCAAGGUCAUACCGGAGGUCUGGGUGCCACUGGAUGACCUCCCCUCCUUGCCAGACUCUGACGAGAUUGACCGGAGGAAACUUCGCACAUGGGUGCAGAAUGCGAAUCAAGACGUCUACGAGAAGGUCAUGAGCCUGUGCACUGAUCAGCCCCUGCAGCCACCGGCAACCGAGAUGGAGAAGAGCAUACAGAAGCUGGUCGCAAGGGUCCUGCAGGUGCCACCAGACCAGGUCGGCAUGAACUUCACCUUUUCGCAAUUUGGAGGUGACGAGGUAACUGCUAUGGCCCUCGUCACAAACGCCAGGGUGGAAUCGAUAUUCCUAGAGAGCCACGAGAUCCUGCAGUCGAAUAACACGCUGGCUCACCUCGCCAACCUGGCAACCCAGAGAGGCGGGCUGGCGCACAAGUGGGCCGCCGAGGAGGAGGAGAAGAUCGCCGUCGAUGGUGAGGAUAGCUCGCCAUACCACUACUUCGAGCUCUCUCCGAUGCAGAAGCUGUAUUUCAACACCGCCAUGGGCGGCGAUUCGGCCAGUCGUGCUGCCGCCGAUGGGAGCUACCGUUUCAACCAAUCUCUUCUACUGCGCGUUGCCAAGUGUUUCUCCGUGCAGGAUAUCUCGGCCGCUACCGAUGCAGUCGUCGGUCAUCACUCCAUGCUGAGAGCAAGGUUUUCCCAUGUUCGGAACGAGUGGAUCCAGAGAAUAUUACCCGAGAUCGACAGCUCAUACGCCUUUACGCACUACACUGUCAGCACGAACGAACAGCUCGAGUCCGCGGUUUACCAGGUUCAGACAUCUCUCGAUAUUGAAGAUGGACCCGUCUUUGCUGUAGCGCAUUUCUCAACGGCAGACGGGCACCAGAUGGUGUACCUUGCUGCACAUCAUCUCGUUGUCGACCUGGUAUCGUGGCGGCUGAUCAUCCGGGAUUUGGACGAGCUCCUCCAAAGCGGCAGCCUACUGUCUCAGAGGUCGAUGCCCUUCCAGAAGUGGACAGAAUUGCAGAAGCUCGACGCACAAGUGCCCUCUGGCGGGUUGCCUUUCGAGAUUUGCCCGGGAGAUUUGAAUUAUUGGGGUCUGUCUGAUUCGCCGAAUACUUACGGCGAUGCCAACGAGGCCAGUUUCUCGCUCACUGCGGAGCUAACGUCCAUCUUGGAGACGACAUGCUGCCAAGUCUUGCAGACGGAUCCAGUGGACAUCUAUAUCGCUGCUCUGAUGCUCUCUUUUGCGCAAACAUUCCCUGACAGGAGUGUGCCAGAUGUCUGGAAUCAAGAACAUGGACGUGACCUUUGGAGUAAUGACCUUGACAUCACCGAGACAGUCGGGUGGUUCACAACACUCUGCCCUCUAAAUCAGCACAUCACUCCGGCCAGCGAUUUCAUCGACAUCCUACGGCGUAUGAAGGACACGAGGAGAGCGGUUCCUCACAAGGGCGCUCAUUACUUUGCCAGCAAAUUCUUCCCCGGCGAUAGCGAAUCACCCAGCGGACCUGAUGGCAACCGGCCGUCGUCUCCGAAUUUCAUGCAAAUUGCAACGCGUGAUUGGCCCAUUGAGAUUCUGUUCAGCUAUGCAGGCAGCCUACAGGACCUGGGAAAGGACCCGCUCAACGGCGAUGGUGUACUCGAGCAGAUGAUACUCCCGGGACGCACCCUCGACUCGCGGACAUCCGAUAUUGGCCCCGCAGUUGGACGAAUCGCGCUCUUUGAGGUCAACACAACGAUUGACCAGGGUUCUGCCAAGAUCAAAUUCCUGUACAACCGAAACUCGCGCCAUUCUGACAAGAUCACCUCAUGGAUCAGCAAUUAUGAGCACCUCCUCCUCGAGGCAAUUGGCCGUCUUCGCUUCCACGAGCCGGAGCUCACACUAGCCGACAUUCCGCAGUUGUGGGCAACGGGCGUCAGCUAUGAGGGCUUGGACCGGUUGAACCGAGUGAUCGUUGCAGAUCUCGGGUUGAGCAGUGUCAAGGACAUCGAGGCUGUCUUCCCACUCACACCGGUGCAGCAGAGUGUCCUUGUGUCACAGGACCGUCAAAUGCGCCUCCAAGCCUCAGAUUAUGGCAACAAUGAUGCUUACGGCUACAUACCUAGUUCCAGCAGUAGCGGAAACGGGAACGCUUGCCACAUUCAUACGAUGUACGAAUUUGCAAGUUCAGAUGGCGCGCCAGUUGACCUCGAGCGGAUCUGUGCCGCGUGGAGUCAAGUCGUCGCCCGGUAUUCUGCGCUCCGAACCGUCUUCAUUGAUAGUGUCGCCGAGAAAGGGCUCUACAACGCUGUGGUACUGCGGCGAUCGAGCCCUAACAUGCUAUUCCUCGAUGCGACACCCAGCGAAGACCCGGUCGACACUCUGAACAACCUUCCUCCAUUGACAGCGUUCCCGGCACUGAAGAACAUACCACGGCACCGAUUGACAGUGUGCCAUUCGCCCAUGAAGACCGUCAUCAAGCUAGAUGUCUCUGCGGCGCUCUGCGAUAUGAUGAGUGUGAACACUCUCAUUGCUGACUUGAGAAAGGGUUACGCUACAGGCCGAGCAUUACCAGUCACAAGUGGCGACGCCUCGAUAUUUUCAUAUGCGGGCUAUCUUGAUAUUCUCCGCGGCUUGGACCGGGACAGGAGCAUUGGCUGGUGGCGGGAUACUUUGGCUAGCAUUACCCAGCCGUGCCUUUUCCCGCGGUUGGACUUCUAUUAUGGCGGCGAAAGCAAGGACUCAGCAGCCUCUCGGCGUUAUGACAACGCGCACGUGGAAAUCAGCGAUGUACCCUUCUUCAAAGUUGCGGAGUUCGGGAGGGCAAACAAGACGACGACAGGUGCGAUUUUGAGGCUGGCUUGGGGCUUGGUACUGCGGACCGUCACAGGCAACAGCUCUGUUUGCUUUGGCUACAGGGCCCCUGGACGAUCAGCCACUCUGGAGGGAAUGAGGGCCGCCGUGGGAUGCUUUGCGAACACUAUCGCUGUAGCUUUCGACCUGUCGCCCUUCAAGCCUCUCGCCAUUGUCUUGAAGCAGAUUGAGGACGUGUACAACGCCGCCUUGCCACAUCAGCACAUCACCAUGGCCGAAGUCCGGCACGCACUCGCCGUCGGGAAGAAGGGAGUUGCUGCUGACUUUCAGCUGUUUAAUUCCGUCUUGUCUUUCACCGAGGAGCCGUCGGACCUGAACAGUCGCCCCGGGUCUCGGACCAACUUCGAGCUAAGAAACGUACUGAACCACGAAACGAGUGACUACGACUUGACAAUCAACACGCGGUUUAGCAAUGCCACAGGCAGACUGGUCAUUGAUGUUGGGCACUCCAUCCUGUCUGAGACACAGGCACAUAACAUCGCGAACACGUUCGGCAGAGCUGUCAGCGCCAUCAUCAAGUGCACAGUGCCAUCUGCGCACAUCGGAUCCCUUGACCUGUUUUCCGACCGCGAUUACGCACAGAUCGUCAACUGGACUACCCCGGCUGACAAGGACUACCAGAACCAGCAGAGAACGCUACUGCAUGAGUUGGUAUUCGCGCAGAGUAUCACUCGGCCCGAUUCAAAGGCCAUCUGUGCCCAUGACGGCGACCUCACUUACCUCCAGGUCGAAGUUCUCUCCCACAGGCUGGCUCACGUGCUCCUUGAGGCCGGCGUGCUCCCCAAAGGUAACUCCAAGGCAGCCGUCCCAGUCAUCCUUGACAAAUCCAAAUGGGCCCCUAUAGCACUUCUUGCUAUUCUCAAGGUCGGUGCUGCUUUCGUGCCCGUCGAUGCGGAUGAAAUGGGCUUUGUUGCGAAGAUUUCCGAGCAGCUAGGUUCAAGCAGCCGCGUUGCGGUUGCGUGCGCAUCAGCUGCUGAGGCCCUGGACAACUUUACGGAACCAGUGCCCCUGUUUGACCGUGUGGUUCGCCUUGAUGAUGCCCUAAUGAAGCGCCUCGAGAAGGAAGCACCCGUGCCUGGGCAACUGCUCCCGCCCAGCAAGCCCGAGGACGUGGCUUGUGUCUACUUCACAGCAACAUCCUCCCGAUCAGUCCGCGGUAUCAGCUUCACGCACGCCUCGUUGUCAACCGCAUUCAUCGGGCAGGGCCCUGCAGCAGGAAUCAACAACACGACACGUGUACUCCAGCUGUCCAGCUUUAAUGUCGACGUUUCUCUGGCUGAGAUCUUCACUACACUUGUCAGCGGCGGUACCAUCUGCAUUCCGACAUCGAAAGACAGGUACAACGACUACACCGGCUGUGUGUCCAGAUUCAGCGCGACAUGGAGUUACAUGACGCCUUUGCUCGCCCGAAAGCUCAACGUGGACCUCUUACCGUCCCUGAAGACGGUCUGCUUCCGCACACGUGGGCUCGACGAGGACACCUAUGCCCCGUGGCGCGGUAGGAAGAGGGUCGUCAUGGCUUAUGGUGCGCCAGAUGUCUGCCCUCUAGGUAUUUCCUUCCUGGAAAUUCAUGGGCCGCACCACUUGAAAGCCAUUGGACGUCCGAUCGCUGGAUCUGCAUGGAUUGUCUCCGGCGAGGAUCACAGAAACCUCAUGCCUGUCGGUGCUGUUGGAGAGAUGGUCAUCGAAGGUCCGACGCUGGGCAGGACUUUCCGACGAUCUUACCUGAGCGGCGACCACGAAGAUUCAAGGGACGUGGCAGAGACGCCGGUGUCACCCGAGAGUCGGAGCCCUUUCUCUGCCGCAAAUGCGCAAGGUCACAGCCGUCAUCGAAGCCUUGAUGACGUUGUGGCAUCAGACGAGCAGAAAGAGAGCAAGAAGCGCUACUACAAGACUGGUCACAGUGUUCGCUACAUUGAAGGCGGACUGAUGGAGUACGUCUCGUCUAAGCGCGAUGACCUUGAGAUCAAUGGGCGCGUGGUGAAUCUUGCCGAUCUUGAACAGCAAAUCCGUCGGGCACUGGGACCAGGAGUCGAUGUGAUGGUUGAGGCGCUCGCUUUCAAGGGCGAUCGAAGCAGAUCCCCGACCUUGGCGGCAUUCCUGGAACUGGGAAGUGAUGCCGCCGCAUCGCUUGGCCAGCACAGCCUGGACCUUUCCAACCUCACACCUGAGAUCAAGCACCGUGUCUUUGUCUCCAGGAACCUGGUCGAAAAGGCCAUGUCCGGGGUGGUACCUGACUUCAUGAUCCCGAAGAUCUUCAUCCCUGUCCGACACCUGCCGACAACUUAUUCCCUCAAGGUCAACCGCCGCAAGCUACAGAAGGUCAUCAAAGGCCUCUCCCGGGACCAACUACUGGAGCUCGGGAAGGAGGAGAAUGCGAAGCAAGUCGAGAGUGUCAACGCGCUGAAGACACUGCCGCUGAAUGAGCUCGCGGACAAGGUCAGGGCCAUCUGGGCCAGGGUCCUCGGCGUUGAGCAAAGUGCAAUUGACACCGCGAACGGUUUCAUCAAGUCAGGUGGCGAUGAGGUCUCAGCCGCCGAGGUUGUAGUGCAGUGCAGGAGAGAAGGAGUUCCAGUAUUCAUCUCGGAUCUCCUGAGUGAUAUCCCGCUGGCUGAAAUUUGUAGAGCCGGCAAUCGCUAUGAACUCGCUGCUGGAGAUGUUAACGUUUCUGUGGAGGACAACUCAUCCAUUGAACAGGCUCCCGAAGCGGUCGCCGAGACAGAAUACGACGAAACAAGCGACUCAAGCGCGGCGACGGCCGCAGCUCCUCAGGUCAUCGAGAAGAGCUUUAUUGAGAGCACUCUCGCACCAAAGCUUGGAAUCGAACCCGGCCUGAUUAGAGACGUGGCUGAAGCGACAUCAACACAGAUCCGCCACAUCGAAACUGCCAUGCUCACCCAGGGCCCUCAACGUUCAUCGUCAAUCUCGCAAGGACAGGGCCCGGCAAGCAUCAACUAUUUUGUAUUCCACUUCACAGCCGCCAGCUCAACUACCUCUGUGUCAGCACGCCGCAUCGAAGAGGUUUGCCAGAUCCUAGCCUCCGUGCACCCGAUCCUCCGAACUGCCUUUGUCCCUCAUGUCGAGGGCCAGACAAGAAAGCUGUACCAGGCUGUCCUGAAACACCACAGCGUUGAUUUCAAGAGCAUCCCUCGGGUACAGAGCUGGCGCCUCAACGCUGCGGUCGACAAGGAGAUCAAACGUGAUCGCGAAAAGUUGCAGAGCAGAAACCAGCUAGACCUUUUCUCAAGGCCGAUCACCAAGUUCAUGUUCCUAGAUGCUGGUAAGACAAGCACUCUCGUGCUGAGACUGUCAAGAGCGCAAUACGACGACGUGUCUAUUGGGCUGCUCGUCAAAGACCUCAAGAAGCUGUAUGAUGGAGGCCAGAACCCACCCCGCCGACCGGGAUUCGCCGAUUUCGUCCGCGAGGCAGCACUUGCCAACGUUGGUGGAGAGGCGGAGAGGUACUGGCGCGGAUUGUUGGAAGGCGUGCAGCCAACCUCUGUGAUCCGGCAUCCUAAACCGCCAAGGUUGAGCAGUGGUGUCCGCACCCUGCGAGAGACCGUCCCUGUCAGCUCCACUGCUAUGGGUGGCCUUGGCAUCGGCUUUGACACAGUACUAAAAGCCGCCUGGGGAAUGGUCCUUGCUAGCAUUUCGGGCACACCCGAUGUCGUCUUCGGAGAGGUCGUGGAGGGUUGCCACUCGCGUCUUCAGCAUCAUCUCGGCCCGUCAAGCGUCAACCGUGGCGGUGUUCUCGGUCCCACCUCUACCAUCCUGCCCGUGCGCGUAAAGUUUGCCGAUGCGCGCACCAGUCCACUGAACCUGCUGAAGUGCAUUGCUGAGCAGAGAUCUUCCGGCGUGCCAUACGAGAAUCUCGGCAUGUUGGAUGUGAUCGAGAAAUGCACGCCAUGGCCAUACUGGACGCGGCUGAGCACGGUGGUACAGCACCGGACGGACCCCGAGACGGUGUUUGUCGGUGAUGGACGGACGAAGAGUUUCAGACUUGGUGCAGCGCUGUGCAGAGUCAGUGUGAUUGAAAGUGAAGUUAUCGAUGUGCCGGACUUCUUUGUCAAGAGUGUGGUUAUCAAGAAGAAGGCUGGUGCAGGAGCAGCCGGUGGCGGGACGAGCGGGAGGCUGCCAGGUGCGACAAGCUGGGGGGAGGAAGAGGAGGAGCUCGAGGUGACGGUGUCUUUCCCAGAGCAGUGUGUCCCUGCCACGCUCGCGCAGGAGGUCCUGAAUAAGGUAUGUGGCUUCGUUGGCAUGUUGACGGGCUUCAGCAUCAUGCAGUCUGUGGUGCCGACUGCGGCCCAAUACUCGACUUUGACGAAGCAGAUCCCGCUCCCGCUGCCCGUUUUCGCGAACAGCCCUACGUCUGCUACUUUUGGCCACGGAGUCCAGUUCUCGAACCCCUUCGGUGGAGGAGGAUCCUCCGGUCUCAAUUUCGCCCAGCUCGAGGGCAAAAUGUCUCCGGACCAGACCCAGACGAUCCAAUCAACCAUCGAAGAAGCCUGGCGCAGCACACUUGAUCCUCGAACUCUCGGUGUGCCGGAGGAGCAUGUCACAUCCGCAGCGUUCUACGAUCUGUGGGGCUCACUGAUACCUGCCGCGCAGCUGGCCGACUUCCUGACCGAGACGAUCCCCGAGCGCUUGGUUGGCGAUCUGACCACGAACGUAUUUGGCGGCAAUUUGGAUGGGUUUCACGUCACCAUGCAAGAAAUUGUGAACCACCCCACCAUGCUAAAUCAGUUCGAGCUGGUCGUCCGCAAGGUCUUUGGCGGCGAAGCCCGCGACAGGUCUGGCAGCUUGAGAAGCGCCUCGAGAACCAACAGCCUGCAGCACGCGGUCAGGAAGAGCAACAGCCUGACCAACGUGGCCAACGUGGCCGGGACUGUGCGGAAGAGCACCAGCAACAGUAGCCUCGGACCAGGACAGCUCAACCGUGCGGGCACAGUCGGCACUUUCGAGCCGUCAAAACUAGGACACAGCAGGACUCGAAGUGACUCGACGACAAACACAGCUGCGACAAGCUCCUCCACCGCAUCUCCUGCAACGAAAUCACACUCGAUCUUCCCGAGCCACCCAGCUGUACAUCCGCCUAUUUCUCAACGAGGGUCUCAACCUGUCCAGCCCGUCCAGCGCCAACAUAAGCGGAGCGACAGCAACGCCAGCAACACUACCCACACCACCGCGCUUACCGAUGCUGUCAGCACGGCAGGGGGGAGCAGCAGUGGUAGUGUGGUCACAGCACCGACCAGCGUCAGCAACACACCUCCCAUGAGCAUUACGAGCCCCGGAUCGUCGCACCCGAGCGAACUCCCUGGCUCGGCUGUGCAUGCGCUGCGUCUGAAGCGGUCGAACAAGAGUCUCAAAUCUAGCCAGCCCGAGUCUCCGGUCCUUGGAAACAACAUGAUUACCAGCCCGCCACUGGUGCAAGCGGGCUUUUCAGCGACCCGGAAGAAGACCAACCUUGGGCUGGGAUCGAGUCUACGACGGAUGGCAAGUACUCUGAGGCCCGGAAGUGCGGGUGGACACAGCCGAGAGAACAGCAAAGACAACAUUCUCUCACGGUCCAACACCGCCCUGCGAUCACCGCCGCCUCCGCCACCAAUCCCUCAAGACGCUCGGCCGAACCUCAAAUCCAAUGGUAGAUCAACCUCGUCAGGUAGCGACAUGAGCAAAGACGUGCCGCUACCACCCGUCUCGCCAUGGCUGAGGGUUCAGAGCAUGGCGCCACAGUUGCCACCGUUCCCUCCGUUCACACCCGUCACAGAGGACGCCUUCUCUAUGGAUGGAAGUGCCCGUGACAGCCCGGAUUUGAGCCUGGGUCAGACGAGCGUAGGGACUUCGCCGGACCUCAGUGCCGAGGCAGCCGAACCGCAAAGCGACGAAAGCGGAGAGACAAUCAAGGAGAGCAAGCCAGCUAGGAACAGCCAAAACAGCCAAAAGAGCCAAGGGGCGCAACAGGAUGGGCAGCUCUCAAGGGCGGGGUCCUGUGGGUCGAUGACAGAGGGCUCGAGCGCAGAGGACGUGGACGAACACAUCGACGACCACCAGGACGCCGAGGCUGAGGAGGAAAGCACUCUCCGGCCGCACCAGGCCCAGAACCUGAAAUAUCUGUACAGCACGGGUCUGCAGCCACCACAGCCUGUGCAGCUCGAGCAGCCGCCACCCUCGCCUGAUGCCCACCGCCAGUCGCAGCAGUCCAGCAAGGCAAGCCCGUACAGAGAGACGUUCUACAUGGAAGAGGACGAGGAGACAGACGACGAGGAGGCGGGAGAAGCGCACGAGCAGAAAUUGGAGGAGCCGCAUGAUACUCAGUACGACUCGUACGAGGAGUUUGACGACUCGCCCGAGACGCCGCGGCAGCCGUCGUCCCGGCCCAUCACCAUGAUCCACUCGCCUCUGCAGCCGAGCACCACAAAGAGGGACGAGCCGCCGAUGCCGGGGUCGUUCCCGUACCCCCCGCAGCACCAUCAGCCGCAGCACCAUCACAUGCAAGACUCCCCGACGAUCGUCGAGCCCGAGGCGGCGGUGGGGGUUGGGGCAUCGUCCUCGUCGGGCAGCGGCGGCACGGACGUGAUGGACUUUGCGGCCAUCGAGGCGGCCGAGAUGGACGACAUGGUGUCGCCGCUCACGCCCGUCGAGCGGGCGAUGCUGUACAAGUCGCAGGGGAUGGGGGCGCGGCACCACCGUGGCGGCGGGGGCGGGGGCCGGUUGGCCGCCGGGCAGAACGCCAGUAAUGUCAGCCCUAUGACGCCUGGGUACGGCGUGCCGACUGCGCAGGCCCAGGGUGCUGAUCCGGGGCUGAUGGGGGGGUUUCAUGCCAUGUGAUUUAUGAUGGUGAUGAUGAUGAUGAUGUGUGGGUUGAGGGGGGAAGAAGAUGAAAGAAGAAGGGGGAGGGAGAGGAGGAGUGUUCGUUUCUCGCAUAUUUGCAUGUUGCUCUUACGGCCUCAUCCUUUUUGUUUACUAGGGUUGUUUAUUGUCUCUUAGUCUCUUGAGUUAUCUUGUUCUUUUUUUUUUACAUUUUCUGGUAUGAGCCUGGACUUUUAGGGAUUCUUUUUUUUUUUCUUUAGAUAUUCUUUUUGCAUACCCAUGGGAGUUUAGUGGGCUUUUGUGAUGUAAUUAAUGCAAUGCAUCGAUGGGAUGAUAUCAAGUCUCUUUUUGUUUCCUUUUUGGUCUGGAGGUCUGGGGAUCUUGGACUCUGUGUGUCUGUCUGUCUGCCUGUCUGUCUUUUGCUUUGUAUGACUCAUUUUUUCUACGCUGGGUCUUUUUUAUAUACCUUAUUUGCACAAAAUACCACUGUUGCUUGCGUCUUGCCAUGUGAGAAUAUGAUGUUUAUUUUGUGAUUUUGGACUGUCUGUUGAGUGUGGCCUCUGUUGGGUUGAUGGAUGGAGGUUAGGAGAGUAU